AAUUAUUAAAACGCAACAUAAUCGCGCAACUCAACUUCUGCAGUGCAACUUAAUGAAAAAAUGGCAGCACUUUGCGCAUUAUUCACGUUUUCAUAGGCAGUAUGAGCUUCCUGCCCUUAGCCGACCUGGACCCGACACUGACGGACGUGCUGGCGUUCAUCGACGACUUUACCAGCCCCGAAAGCGACCACAGUACAGCAUCCACUUCUUCUUCUUCCUCGUCCAAUGAUGCGCUCUCCAAACGUAAAAAGAACCGCGCUGCUGCCUCUCGCCGUUUCCAGCAGAAGAAAAGAGCGGAACUGCUGGAGCUGCGAGAACAAGCGGCUACACUAAAGAAGCGUCUUCAGGAGCUGCAGGAAAACAAGGCAACAGGAAAUAACAAAACGCUUGACGAGACUCAGAAGAAUACAGUUGGGUCUGCUUGGCUGUGCAGAGUCGAGCUGGAGAAACAGUUGAGACUCGUGGCUGAAGCGCAAAACCGGCACCUCAAGACGCUACUGCUGAGACAGAAACACACAGCAAAUGUGGUCCGGCAUGUACUGCAAAGCGUCACAGCCGUAGUGCAUAUUGAGGAGGGCAUGCGGACGCCCCAUCCUGCUGCCUGUGGCUUUGGCCGCUUUGUACCCAGUUUGGACGACGCCAUUUACAGCGAGCUGGCAUCAAGAGUGGGCAGUUUGUAUCUGGAUGCUGUCUCGACGACUGACCCUUUCCAGACCAAAUUUAUUCCCGAUGCAGUGGAGAUAUGUUGGGAUCCGGUAUCCGGUGUACCAUUUGUGGAAGUGAAUUUGUCAUUACCAGUGCCGUUGAGCUUUCAAGACACAACAUAUAUCGCAAAACAAGCGAUAGCUCGGGACGAGAAGCGUUAUACCAAACGCUACAAUACGGAGCUGGGCUUGAGGAAAGAAUCACAGAUCCAGCUACGAUACCAGUCGACGGCCAUGUGUAUUAACGUCCUCUCGCUCGGACGGAGAUAUGCUGAAAAAGACCGAGAUAUCAGCACAUGGACAUCGCUUGUGUGUGACCAUCCUCUGGAUGCAACUCUGCGAUUUCGUGAGCAAGGCUGGAUCAUGGUUUCAGUGGCACCUGCCAAUAUGACGCAGGUUGAAAUGUGCUAUCGGUUAUCUCCUGAUAUCAACUCCGUCUCUGCGACGCUGGACAACAAAACGUUAUUCGUGCUGCAGAACGUUGGUUCAGCGAUGCGCCAGAACUUUGUGGACAUGAGUAGAAUUUACCCUGAUAGUUGAAGCCUUCCCUUACUUACAGUGUUUUUUUUUUAAUGACGAGUAUCCAAGUCUUCGUGGGUUUGAUACUUAUUUGUUUGGAAGAAUCUUGUGCUGGUAUCAUCAUCAUAAUGUUAGAAUGGGCCAGGGAGUGGAGAUAUGGAUUGCCUGCUUUUAGGCCGACCUAAAUGAUAUCCCAUCACCGUAGUAGCUAGAAAGCAAAAUAGUAACGUAAUCUCUAUAAGUAGUGUAAGUAUUCCCAGAGCAUAAUGGCUUUAAACAAUGAAAAAUGCAGCG